AUGUCGAAUCAAAACAUCUUUGGAGAUCGCCUGUUGGAAUCUUUAGGGUUAAAGUACUUCGAUGAUAAUCAAUCGAAAGCUGAAAAUCCAAUUCCGCAGCGGGAUGCAAACCUCAGACAAACAUUGACUGUGUCUGAUCGAGACUCAAAAGAAAGUAGGAAGAUGCUCAAAAUCACAUUACUUACAGUGUUAUCAGUGAUUACUUCAUUUAUGAUGGGGGUGGCUUUCUUGUCGAUCUGUUUUACUUUUUCUUCAAAAAAAGAUGACCCGCUUUCUCUGAUCAUACUUGAAUUGCGAGAGACAAGCAAAUUAUUGAAGACAAAGGACUUCUCAGGAAAGCAUGUAGAAAGUUUCCGACUUUCCAUUGACUUGACCCUGAGUGCAACUCAUUGCAUAAUAAAAUCAGAGGACAAAAACCUUAUUCUAAGAGAACGCAUACAAAGUAUAUACAAGAACUUUCCAAAGUACCAAAUUUUUAAAUAUGGAGAGCAUGUAAUCAAGUUUCAAUUUAGGAAGUCCUUCCUGUUCAUUCUCGACAAAUUGUGCUCCUUUGAUUCUGGUGCCUUCUCUGAAAAGAAUAACAAUUAUUCUGCACAAGAAGAGAGAUUGCUGAUAUUAAAUAUUACAUCAGCGAUAGCUGAAUGGGAGCUGAGUUCAAAAUCCAACUUCGAUACUUAUAUAAAUGAGAUGAGAGCCAUGGAGGCUAUUGAAGCAUAUCUUUUGAGGUCCAUAGAAACGUACGAUUUAGGUGACUCUGUUUAUAUAACCAAUAAAGCCACCAGGGAGAUAUUUUUUGGCAAUUUUAAUAAAGACCCAUUUAUGUGA